AUGGCCUCUGUGACACCACUUGAAAUGAACAAUCAAACAGAUGUCAUUGAAUUUAUCUUCUUGGGAUUUUCCAACCACCCCAACCUACAGGGCUUGUUCUUCCUGAUCUUCCUGGUCAUUUAUCUGACAACCCUCCUUGGGAACACGCUCAUAAUAACAUCUACCAGGAUCAGUUCUGCUCUCCACACUCCAAUGUAUUACUUUCUGAGCAACUUGAGCUUCUUGGACAUCUGCUACACAUCCACCACCAUUCCAGUUAUGCUAAUGAACUUCUUCCGGGAGAAGAAGACCAUCUCCUAUGACUGCUGCCUUUCCCAGGUCUUUUUCCUCGUGACAUGUGCUGGUGCUGAAUGUGUAUUACUGGCAGCUAUGGCUUAUGAUCGCUAUGUAGCCAUCUGCCACCCUCUUCAAUAUCCAGUCCUCAUGAGUGUAAAGGUCUGUGUUUUUCUGGUGACUGGGUCCUGGCUAUGUGGGCUGGUGAAUUCUGUGACACACACAGUGCUAGCAGCCACACUCACUCUGUGUGGGCCUAACCAGAUCAGUCACUUUCUCUGUGACAUCCCAUUCCUCCUGAAGCUCUCCUGCUCAGAUACCUCUCUCAAUGAGUUUGUGCUCCAUGUGGCCAGUGCCACUAUUGGCCUGAGUCCCUGCUUGUUUACUGCUGUGUCCUACAUACUCAUCAUCUCUGCCAUCCUUAGGAUUCCCUCUGCUCAGGGCAGGAGCAAGGCCUUUUCUACCUGUGCAUCCCACCUCACUGUGGUGGUGGUUUUUUAUGGAACAGCCAACUUCAACUAUGACAGACCCAGAGAAGGCUACUCCCUAGACAUGGACAUCCUAGUCUCUGUACUCUUCUGUGUUAUGACUCCCAUGUUAAACCCCAUUAUCUACAGCUUGAGAAACAAGGAGGUCAAAUGUGCCCUGAGGAAGCUGGUUGGAGCCAAUAACUCUAAGACACCAGGGCUCUAUAGCCAGAGAAUCCAGAACCCAGCUCCACCCAUCAGUGGGUCAGCCCUGGCCCUGGAACCUGGCCUCACCCACUCACGUGCAGACACCACCUCAGGACCAUUGAGGUCAUAUGGCCAGGUGGAGGAAAUUGGAGCCUCGGAAAGAUUAAGUGGCAGUCCCAAGGCCACCCAGGUGGAAAUUAAUUUCAUGUUGGACUGUUCUAUUAAAAAAACCCUGACGGAAGUGUCUCCACAAGGUAAACAAUGGGAAAGACUCCAGGAACUUUCUAAAGCAUUUAACACAGCCGAAGGCUGGCCUGACUUAAUUGACCAGAGUAGAUCGGAGGCCAGGGAAUCCCAGCUCACUUCCGCCCCCGGCCCCUCUAUCCCCCACCUGGUCAGCCUCCAUGUAAAGAUGCUAGCCCCGGUGGCCAAGUGCAGCAGCUGCAAGGCUACCCCCACCCCGGGCUCCAGGGGUGCUGCCCACCGGCACGUUAGUCAUUGUGGGCAUCUUCUGAGCAUGACCGUCCAGAUGCUCUCGCAGAGCAGUUCCAGAAAUAGCCAGGCACCUGAGUGCAACCCGACACGGGAAGCACCCUUCCAUCCGGUGUAA